UACCAAUGCAUCUUGCAAAGUAGCGCGGACAUGGAUGGAUGGGUUGCAUUUUAUAAUUUAUCAACCAACAAGCAAGAAUUUAACGAUUUUAGGUCACACUGUUCGAAGAAUAGAAUUAUAUUUUGUCAAAUAAGUCAUCUGCUUUUUUGCACUAGAAUAAAAUAGUUUUCCAGGUAUUGUGCAGCCGAGGGCUGCCGUUGGGAACCAAAGAUAGAUGCAAUCAACAUUCUUGUCCCAGAUGUCGCAACAAGAACAACAACAACUGUCAAAACUGGCAGAAUGGUGGCAGUCUUACAGUCAAGCCAUCGCUGCCUACACCAACCAAACCCCACAGCCUGGUCCCCAGUCUGGCACCCAGGCUCCCAAUGUCAAUGUGGCAUCAUCUCCAAACAGCAACUCAGCAGCAGCAGCAGCAGUUGCCGCUGCCCAGUACUAUGGCACGGGUGGAGGAGGGGCAUCUUCAUCCAUGCUUGGCACCUCAGGGAACAGCCCGUCCACAGCCCCGGCUUCGUCGAACCUGCAGUACGCCGAGUUCUAUGCACAGAUGGAGAAGUACUACUCUGCAUGUGCCAGCUACACGCAGGGCCAGGCUGCUGCGUCCUACAACAGUGGAAACUACAGCCAGCAGUCUAGCGGCAGCGGAGGAAGCACCCACUAUUCCUCGGGCCCACUGAGCCAGCAGCAGAACACUGGAUACAGUGCCAGCACUUGGCGUGGGCGAAGUGGUGAACGUGGCCGAGGCUGGGGGCGUGGCCAGAGGGGCAGCUUCGGCAGGGGUUGGAGACAUUACAGCGACCACUGGCCGCCAAGCAAUCAGAAUCCCGCCCCAGCCCAGGGCCAGGACACGUUGAAAGCAAAUCCAGAAGACGUCUUUGACUGGUGGGUGGGGCCGGCUGCAAGCAGUGAGCCAGCCAUCGGCCCCGUUGGGGGGCACUUCAGCAGCCGGGAUGAACGUGUCGGACACCCACGACAGCAUGAUGUCCACAGGGAUGACCACCGGCCGCACGAUGUACGCAAAGAUGACCACCACAGUGACCGGUACCGGAAUGUGAGGGACGGGGACCGAGCACGGUGGAGUCCACACGGCGGAAAGUCCCCAAGAGCGCGAUGGGAUGACGACCGAACCAUACGAGGUGGUUCAAACACAAACAAGACUCGGUCGUCACUCCCCGAGCAUCCCAGUCACACUCCACCCAAACGCAUCCCAGAGUCCAUCAACUUUCGGAGUAUGAACGCGCACAUGCCAACCAACGUGGAGAGCCUCGUGCAACAGCAGAUCCAGCAGAUGAUGUCGCCCCUCCUGGCCAAAACUGCCCCAACGCUCCCUCCGAGACAGUUCACCGUUCCGCCCACAAUCAGGGACAAGCAGACAGAGCCGCCACAAAGUGAACCUUCGCACGCAGGCAGCGGGAAAGACCAUUUGGACUCGAGGGCAGUCAAAGGGGAUCAGAAGAGGGACAGUACUGAGGCUGGCUUGAAGGCUACCACUGAGAGGUCAUCCAGGUCUCGUUCUAGGUCACCAGUCAGGUCAAAGGUUGAGGACGAAGAGGAAGAGGAGGCAAGUGGGGAAGGGGAGAAGAAGAUUAAGAAGCAGGAGCAGCAAGAAGCCAAUAGCGAACAGAAAGAACCUGCAGAGUUAGAAGACACCAUGGAUACUGCCCUUGCCAAACUGAACAGGCCACUGAUUCUGACAGAAGAUGUUCCCUGCCAGUCUCCUGAUAGUAGCAACAAGGAACAUCCUGCAGAUACUGGGCUUGAAGGCUAUGAUUCCUCAAAAAAAUAUGGUGAGGAAUACAUCCGUGAGGUGACUGCCUUCCAGUGUUUCUUGUGUGGCCGUCGUUUCUGGCAGCAGGACGAGGUGGAGCAUCAUUGCCGGAGCCAGGGCCACUUCACCAACUAUCAGAAGUGCAGACUGAACCUGGACGAUGACGACGAUGAUGACGACAACUGAGGAGGUGCAAGUAGAAUUCCACGUCAGGGAGUUCUUAACCCUGGGAGUUCUUGCUGGCAGAAUACCAUCAGAAGUCCGUCUUCGGGGACAGCUGGGAAUUCCAAUGCCUGUCAGAGACCAGCGGAAGACUUGAAUAAGUCUGACUUAUGGCACUGUGGUUCAAAAUUGAGGUUGGGUAUUAAACCUCAUUGUGUGAUGUAACAAUUGCACAUUAUUACGACACUUAUAGAGUGUACAUGGAAGGUUUGUCUUUCCCAUCAACAUAUAAAAUUUGGUUUUAGGAGCUUAAAGCCUAUCUAGUCUUUUCUGUCUGCCCGACUCCGGUGCUUAAUAGGUCUCUCUCAGAUGACGUCACUUCCUACAGAUUGCAUCGGCAUUUUGUGCAUCAAAUUUUCGUGACGUGCAUCGGCUGCGCCGUAUUAAAUGCUAAGAAAUUUUGAGCAGUAUGCGCGCACACGUACCUGAUGAUGUUGAACACUAUGAAGAUGGCUAUCUAUGAGAGGGGCUGUACAUGUAUGUGAAACAGCCAGAACUGUAAAUAUUUCUGAACCCAUUUCUUUCAGUGGUUGUAUUUUUCACAGUUCAUGAUAAUGUGUAUUGCCAUGAAUAUUCAAGAGCCAAAAACAUGAAUACAUCACUGGGCAAAUGUAUUGCUAGAAGUCUUUGUUUUUUCUUCCCGAGUUUAAUUCUAAAUCUUUGUUAUUGAGCUGACAGUAAGGUGAAUUUUUGGUUCAUAGCUUUUACAGAAAAUGUCAAAACUAAUGGCCCCAAGUGUCAAGAAAUAGACUUUUAUCAUGCUGCCACCAUUUAUUUCAGUCACGUUCCCUGUAUCCAAUAACAGUACUGAACAAGGGCGGAUCCAGGGGGGGCCAAAGGGGGCCAUGGCCCCCCCCCCCCCAAAAACGAAACCAAUU